UUUAUCGAAAUCGGAGGUGGAGGGGGUAUUCUGUAUAAUUACCUUCAUCAAAAUCGAAGAAUGGUACUGUAUUCUGUGUAAUAAUUAUUUUUUCUCAAAGAAAAGUAUGGAUGCCGUCAACCCUACUCCUCAAGAUCUACAAACGAAAUUGUACUUCUUGAUGGAACAGUUGCAACAUAUGGCUGGAGAAUUACCGCCAAAGUAUCAGAUGCGAUUACCUUACGAAUUGUUGUCCGGUUUAGCAAACUCAUUGCUAAACGAUACUAUUUUUGAGAUAGUGAAAGGUUUGAUGGAAAUACAGCACGUCACUGAGAAGCAUCUCUUCCAACAGCGACUCCAGCUUUUGAAUCAACAAAAGAUUGAGUUCCAAGAAGUGUUAUCAGCAAUAAUGACAGAUGACAAGCUGACCUUGACAAAAGUCGCACUGUACAAGAAGCACAAGGAGGAAUUGAAGCAAAUGGACAUGAAAUUGGUAUUGCAGUUAGAUCAAAAAGUAGCUGACCAGCAAAGUAUAUUGGAGAAGGCUGGAGUGCCAGGAUUCUAUGUAACAAAUAAUCCGGUGGAAAUUCAAGUACAAAUGAGGCUGUGUGACUUCAUAAUCAGACUUAGCAAGAUGGAUAUACCAACUUAACAUAAAUUUAGGACUAUGUCCUGUCUGUCACUUGUGCCUCUACUUGCUCUAGGAUGAUGAUGUUCAACUUUGGUCAGCGAUUCGAAGGUCUUGUGAAUUUUGGAUAUUUGGCUUUUAAGUCAUUGUUAUCCUGACCUUGCUAAUCUGUCCUCCAUCCUUCCUAUGACCUCCAUCCAACUCUCCAUUCUCUUCUCUUAGAUCUCAUUCAUUUUACUAUUGUCCUGUAUGUUUGCAUAUCUCUCUAAUUCUGCUGUUUCUUAUCCUCUUCUGUAUUCUAUUGCCAGUUAUUGCUUAAAAUAUCUUUAUCU